AUGGAUAAAGUUAUUUUGGAAAAUUCACCAAAGUGGAAGAAGUAAGUUAUUGUGUAAAUUUAAAGCGUAAAGGGAAUUGCGUUUGAAUUUUUAGCACUUAACUUAACUGGAUAUUUAUUUUUAAGUGCUUACAGUUUGUCUGGUUAUUUAAAAGGAGGGGAGAACGGUUGGCCAUUCACUGGAAACAUUACUUUAUAGGAUCUUAUUUUUGCACUUCAUUCAGUGGUAAUCACAAUCCUGACUAUACUCCAAACAGCUUAUUAUUAUAAAAAAGAAGAUAACCCAGGAGUAAGCUUAUGGUGUAUAAUUGUUUUGAUAAUUCUAUGGGCAUAGGCGAUAUUGUAUAUAAUUCUGACAUGCAUUUUUGGUUGGGAAGUGAUAUUUACUUAAGAAAAAUUAAAUGUCCUAUAUUGGAUGGGAUAUGAGAAAUUAUUUGUUACUCUCAUAAAAAAUAUUCCUUAGGUGUAUUUGAAUUAUAAACGUAAGUCAACAGUUGGCUGGAGUAUAUUCAACAUACUAUUAGCCUUUAUUGGAGGUAUUUUAUCCUUUUUACAAAUGCUGAUAGAUCAAAUCAAUGGAAAAAGUGCUAAUUUAGUUGACAUGAACAUUGUUAAGUUUAUUUUGAGUUGGAUAGUUUUGGGUUUCGAUUUAAUCUUCAUGUUCUAGCACUAUGUAUUAUAUAAUCCAAAAAGGAACAAAUCAAAGGCUAUUAAAGAUGAAUAUUAAUAUAUGAAAGAAUGA